AUGAUCGCAUCACCACCCACAGGGGUUUUCGUCCCAGUCCCGACCUUCUUCAAACCUGCAUCCGCGACCAAUACCCUCCAACCUGUCAUAGACGUCGAGACACAGGUCACUCACAGCAUUCAUCUCGCUAAAAAUGGCAUUCGCGGUCUUGUGCUGCUUGGUUCGACGGGUGAAGCAAUCCAUAUGUCGCGACAAGAACGCUUCGACAUGGUGUCUGGUGUUCGGAAAGGGCUGAACGAUGCGGGGUUCCCCGAUUAUCCCAUUAUGGCUGGAGUGUUGAUUAAUAGUGUGGAUGAAGUGUUGGAGUGGUUGCAGGAUUUUAAGAAGGCAGGUGCGCAAUGGGGAUUAGUGCUUGCACCGGGUUAUUUUGGGGCUGCGGCGAGCCAGGAGAACAUCAGGGAGUGGUAUACCGUGGUUGCGAAUAAUUCACCAAUACCCAUUCUAAUAUACAACUACCCAGGUGUCACGAACAAUGUGAUGGUGACUCCCGAGACCUACUCCAUCCUCGCUAAGCACCCCAAUAUCGUGGGCUGUAAAAUGUCUCACGGAAACGUGUCGUAUCAUGUCCAAGUCUCGCUCGAUCCUGAUAUCGAUCAUAACAAAUUUAAAGUGUUCAGUGGCUUUGGGCAACAACUGGGGCCAAUCGUUUUCUUCGGUGCGGCCGGAGUCAUCGAUGGCCUCGCAGCAAUGUAUCCAAAGACUGUGUCGCGGCUGAUGGCCUUGUCUGAGAAGCGACCUAUCGAACCGAAGGUACAUGAGGAAAUACAGAAGUUGCAGUACGUAGUGAGCACCGCAGAAGAGUUCAUCGGAACGUGGGGAAUUGUUGGUAUCAAAGAAGGAGUUCAACGAGUCCUCGGAAUGGGUACCCUUGAGGGCGGUAGGCUACCACUCAAGGGUAAACUGCCUGAUGGAGAGUGGGGGAAAUGGGAUAAGACCAUGUCGAGGAUCCAGGAGAUUGAAGGUUCACUCUAG